AUGCAGCUGCAGAAUCCGCUCUACAUCCGCGCGUCGAGUCACCGAACGAAUGUCGAGUACUUGGUUCAAAGAGUUGGCAACGGCCGCGGCGUCACGGAAGUGAUACGGCGGGCCAAGGCCCGGCUCGGACUGACGACAAAAGGUGGUGGCGGCGGCAAGGGGAUCGUCUACUGCGCGACUCACGCCAAGUGCCAGAUGUUGGCCCUCCAGCUAAAGUGCCACUACUACCACGGCACUCCAGACGACGCCGACGCCCACUUCCUCGCCCAACGGGAGGAGGGGUUCCAGGCGUGGUUGCGCGGGGAUAGCCCAUACAUCGUCGCCACGUCCGCCCUCGGUACCGGCAUAGACGUGCCCGGCAUCACGCACGUCAUCCACUUCGGUGCGCCAUACAGCAUCAUCGACUACGCGCAGGAGGCCGGGCGCGCGGGCAGGGCGGGGGAGCGCGUGGAGGCGGUCAUCGUCGUGGAGGAAAGGGACUGGCCAACCGAGGACCCGAAGAGGGAGGCUACGCUUGAGCUGAAGACGCGCGAGGUCAAUGCCCUGAUUCGGACCAGCGGCUGCCGACGGAGCGUCCUAGGCCGGUGUCUCGACAAUGACCUGCGCGACUGUGAUCGCAUAGACGCGGUGCCCUGUGACAACUGCCAACGCGAGAAGCUCCAGUGGAAGAGCGAGCUGUCGUCUCAAGGCCAGAUCAUGUCGGAGGCAUUCGUGAAGAAGGUUUCUCGCGGCAUGCAGCUUCUCCAGUCCGCACUCGAGACCGUGGCGGAGCUGCAGAGCAUGGCCUGCGUCAUAUGCUGGAUGUUCGAGGGCUCGGGCGCGGCCAACCAUAAGUGGGGCGUGUGCAACGAGCUCGACGACGGCCUCAGCUUCUCCAAGUGCAUGGAGUUCCAGAGGGGCAUCAACUAUCGUCGCGAUCCGCAGGCGGCGUUCCUCAGCUGCUAUUUCUGCCACGUGUCGCAGCAGAUCUGCACUGAAGGCUAUCAAACGCGGGGAGAGUCUUGUCGACGGAAACACGUUGUCAUACCCGUGGCGUACGCCGCCAGCACGGACGACGAGCUCUGGGGCAUGGUGCAGGAGCUUGCGGGCCAGAAGAUCAGCAACGGGGAGGAUUAUUGCGCGUGGCUAGGUCGGAAGCACGGAAAGCUGGUCUGUGGGCAGGAGAUGACGAACGCGAUGGCCGUGUUCAACCUGGUAGUGGAGUGGCGCGAGGGGCGCAAGAUACGAUAG